UAUUACACCUGCAAGAAGUGGCAGGAGAUCAAGUCAAACAAGUACAGGCUCUGGACUCUUCCUGUGGCAUGUUAGUGCCAGUGAGACAAAGAGAAAGGAAAUGUAGUUGAGGCUGAUGUGAAAUGUGAGACUGGACAGACAGCAGGUGAACUCGCUGAAGCUGCAGGGACCUACACAGACAGGAGACCAGCCUCAUUUCAGUGGAGCAAAGAGGACUCUGGCUCAGAUUUCCACUCAUACAUGGGAUGACAGUGCUGCCACCACCUUUCACUUGUUACUGAACCCAGGAGUCCGCUGUCACUCAACCUUGCCACCUAGUGGAGCUCUGAAGGUUAACCUCCCUCCUGCUCAGAGAAAACUUCCACACAGCUACCUCCCUCAUCUGGGGAGAUGCCUGUUCUGCAACAUUUCCCUCAGAUCCCAUUUAUUUUUUACCUGCUGAAGACAACAUCACACUAACCUGCUUCGCAUGUUACCAAACAUCGGUUGGUGACAGUUUCAGGAGUUCAAGAGUGUGCUGGAAAGAGGGGCUCUUCACUAGCAGGUCACAGAAACUGUUCUUCUCCUGACAUAUGUGUGAUAUACUCCCAUGAUACAUGGUUUCAUGCGCGAGUUAAUGGUGCCCCACAGCAAGAAACAGGUCUCAUUCUACGAAAAGCAAAUUGAGCCACACAGGAGAAGUCACUCUGUCAAAGAGACUGCACAAGCAACAGCAAAGCCAGAUGGAACUAUUAUCAAACGCCACACUCUCUACAGCUACACCAACAACAGCACAAAACUACACUUUGACAGACCAGACAAGCAAAUACACCAGUCACAAAUGGGAGUUCCUGGUGGCCGUCCUGGUCACAGCCAUCACUGUCUCCAUUCUCAUCGCCCUUCUGGCUAAAUGCCAGGUGGUUCGGCGCUACCUGACCAGCUACCGGCACACACGGCUGAGGGAGACAGACACUGUCAGCCAGUGUGACCCGACAGGCAUAGAGGUGGAGUUUGCCAUGCACGGCGGACGUGGAAUGAACCCUCACUGUAUCCCUCCUCUGAGUGAGGAAGAUGAUGACGGCUUCAUCGAGGACAACUACAUCCCGGCCAGCGAGAGAGCGAGGGCUGAGAGAGCGGCGGAGAACAUGGAGGACACUGAGGAAGAGAUGGAUGAGAUUGAAUUUACCAUCGCUUAAUAGGAGUGUCUCUCCCCCUCCUCGGCUGAACCACCAAUUCCACUCCCAUCUUUGUCUUUAUUUUUCUGUUCAUCUGAGUGAGAUUUAUAAUAGCAGUCACAAAAUGGACACUUUGUAAACACUGGUCGAGUUUAGGAAAAUACAAAUACCCACUGCUCAGGCCUGUGCUCAGGCAGCACAGAAGUGUAUUGUUAUGGCAGUAGUUCUCAAUGUGUGGUUUUUAGGAACCAUAAAAGUCCUCAUAGAAGGGAAUUUCAGAAUAUUCUCAGGACAGUUAAUGUAAGUCAAGUUGGUCAUGCCUUAUUUGUCAGCAUACUGAUGACAGUUGCAAUAAAUUAUGUUUUUGUUUUAAAUCAAAUGGAUAAAAUUGUGUCCUGAAACAAAAGAAGGUUUUUAUAAAGAGUGAAGAAGAGAUCAAAGGGUGUUCUGUAACUAUGAACAUUAACCAAUCACUGUUGACAGCUUUUGACUGAGUUGAUUGGUUGAUUGAUUUGUUGAUUUUGUGUUUGAUUCAAAAUGUCUCUGUGUGAUUUAGACAGAGAACCUCAACUGUGCUGAAUGUAAACAGGAACAUUUCACUUGACAUUGUCACGUUUUGUCACCGACUCCUAAGAAAAUGUGCAUAUGCAUGAACUUACAUGAUUCAGGACCAGUUUAUGCUGUACUUAAAAAGUGACUUGCAACUAAGCCAUGAAGGAACACUGUGAAGUUGUAGCCAUUGUUAUAAUAAGCUUUCAGACACAACAGUUGCUUUACAAGAGAAAAUGACCACAAUGCAUGUUUAAAUUCAUAUCUUCAAACUGUUACAACAUCACUUUUCAGAAUCUGAGUCCAACGUGCCGUGAAAAGGUUUUGAAAUGAAGGACUACAGAAAAUGUAGGGCGGCUUGUACUAACUGCAGUACUUGUAAUUAGUUACUCUCAACUCUUGGCUGCUAUUUUUAGGAUGGUAACAAUAGGCUGGGAACCUGCAUGAAUUCAGUACUUCCCUGCUGUCAGCCCACGGUUUGGCCAGGAAAUUGUUAAUAGUGUGACCUCAAUAAAAAUCCAGUUGUAAGUGAAUCAUCUGGUCUGUCU